AUGGUAUGGUUUGUAAAUGUAUUGGUAAUAUUGGUGACAAUUCAUGCGACAUCAAGUUUUGUUCAUCUUGACGGUAUUCAUCAAUAUGAUAAAUAUCAUUUGCAUGAGAUGCAAAAACUUCUACAGCAUACAUUACAUGCUAUGCAACACAAACUAAGAAUGAUAUUUCAAAAUAAUACAUUGACAAAACAAGAACUUAAUGAUGCAAUUAGAAAAUGGAUCAAAGAUGGAAGUUCAGCAUUAGAGAGUACGAUUGUUGACAAUCUACGACAACAUCAACAACAAAUCAUCGAAAUGCAAAAAAGCAUUGAAGAAUCAACAAACAUAAGUCCGAAUGAACAAAAAGCUGCAUUAAUGAUAUUAAAAAUCAAAGCAAAUAUGUCAUUGACAAAUUCUCAAGAAAUUAAUGAAAUCGAUCAAUUUAUGAAAUCACUUAAUCGAACUGAUCGUAUUAAAAUACGCAUACUUCUACAUCAAAUUUCAUCGAAACAUAAACUCAAUCCUCGUUCAAUUCAAAUAUGGGAUGAAUUAUUAUACGAUUAUUCCGAUGAUUAUUAUUCAGACGAAAUUUUAAACGACUAUGAACCAUCAUCAUAUGUUUCAUGUUGUGAUUCAGAGAAUCCAUGCGAUGUUAUAAGCGUGAAUUUAAACAUGACGAUGAAAGAUGAAUUGACAGGAGUGAUGAAAAAUUGUAUGAAUCAAGGAAAUUCACAAAUACCGGAUGGCGUGAUUGAACAAUUUCUAGCUAAUAUUACUCAAUAUGCGCGUUCGUUCGAUAAAUUAUAA